CACACACACACACACUGACGCGAUCUGAUGAGAUCAGGACCCUACAUCCAUUACAAAUUAGCUCGAUCUUUCUCCCAAAUCAACGGUUCUUCUUCAUUCCAACGAAACCACAACUCCCAUUUCAACGGCCAGGAUUUAAGAAGCUCUGUACACCGCCAUAUACACAAAACUUUACCCUUCCUUCUCUCUCUCUCUCUGAGCGCAUGAAUUCACCAGUGACAGAGAGUACUAAAAUACUGUAAGUGCUGAAAUUCAAGGCGCUCUAUUUCUUUUCUGUAUAAAGUUUAUUUAAACCUACGCUAAAAGGAAGAAAGAAAAAACCUAAAAAAAAAAAUAAAAAUACAGAUCUAUACAAAUUCAAAAUCUUCGUCAUUUGAACAUUCUGAUCGCUGUGUUUCUUUUUUGGUGUGUGAUUUUCUGCGAAUCUCAUUUGACUGUGAUUAUCUCGCCUGAGUACUGGCGGUAGCGCGGAAAGAGUUGGAGGAAUGGCUAAUUCGUUCGCUAGUCCAGUCGACGCGACUCAGGUUGGGUCUUUCUUCGUUCAACAGUAUUAUCAGAUUCUGCAGCAGCAACCUGAUCAUGCCUAUCGCUUUUACACCGAUGCCAGCUCUGUUAUUAGAGUUGACGGAGAUGUCACUCAAUCCGCUUCCACUGUGAUGGAUAUUCAUGAACUUGUAUUAUCCAUGAAUUUCGCUGCUAUCGAGGUCAAGACACUUCAUUCCCUUGAUUCUUGGAAUCGUGGUGUCAUUGUGGUAGUCUCGGGUAAUGUGAAGUCCAAGGAAGGUAGCAACGGCUGGAGGAAGUUCGUGCAAACAUUUUUUCUAGCACCCCAGGAAAAUGGUUUCUUUGUCCUAAACGACAUUUUUCACUAUGUCAAUGAAGAAGUCAACAGCCAACCCCCUGCUCCUGAAACACCAGUAGGCCAUCAGCCGACAGCACCAGUUAUUGAGAAUGAACUUGAAUCUCAAGCGACUAGUUCUAUUCCUAUCCAUGAGCAACCAGUGUCGGACUAUCCCUUAGAGGCAAAGGACAGAGAGUAUGUAACCGAGGUUCAUGUAGAAAGUCCGGUUGAAGAUUACAACUUUCAACCAAAUGAGCCAGAGCUGAAUCAUAAAACUAAAACACUAGAGGAAGAGACUCCGGUGGAGGUCCCCCUGCCCUUUCGACAAACUGAGGAUGAUCCAGCACAAGUGUCUUUGCCUCCUGUUGAGGAACCUGUUGUAGAAGCUCCGAAGAUCUUCUCUUAUGCAUCUGCAUUGCGAGCUCCAAAGGGAAAUACAGCACCGACGGCUAGCAUUCAGCAAUCUUUUUAUAAAAAGCCAUCACAUCCGGUCGUGCAACAAGCAGUUCCUGCCACAAAGCCAUCACAGCCAGCCUUGCAACAGUCAGCUCCUGCCACAUCCGUUGGAUCUGAUGGCCGUGAAGAUGUUGAGGAAACUUCACAGCUGGAAGAGGGAAAAUCAAAAUCUAUCUAUGUGAGGAACUUGCGUCCUGGCAUUUCUACCUUUGAAGUCCUGGAAGAGUUCAAGAUUUUUGGGAGCAUAAAGCCAGAUGGGGUCUUUGUUAACAAUCGCCCGGAAAUUGGUGUUUGCUCUGCUUUCAUUGAGUUUGAUGAUAUUGAAAGUGCACAAAAGGCUGUUGAGGUAUGUGGAUUGUUGUUGAGUUCCUGAUAGAUUUCAGUCUUCAAACAUCCAAAGAAUAUGUAGCCUGUUUCUUUUGGUCGUGUUAGCUGACACACCUUGUUCUAGGUCUCUACCUUACCCGAACCACUUAGAAACUUUUGCUCAUUACAACUGCUCCUCCAUUCUUUUUGCCUGAACUUCUAUGAACUUUGUGGAGUUUCAGGUUAUAUAUGUAAGCUUUAAAAUGCGAUCCCGGGGGGAGGGUGGGGGUGUUCAUUCAUUAAUUUCCAUUUCUUACAAUUAUUUAAACUGUUUGAGGAUGGCUAAGUGUGCUGGUCCAACAUAUUGCUUUGACUUCCUUGUUGGGUACUGCAUACUUCAGAUGGGGUCUGUUUCUGUGUUCAGCCUGGUAAUAUUAUUUCUGUGAGUUGCAAAAGAAAUUCCUGUUAAUGAGAAUAGAACUUUGAUACAUAUCCAAAUGUAAAUCAUCUGCCGACCUUAUAUGCAGUUCUUGUCAUCCUCCUAUGUAUUAUUAACAUCAAUUUGAAUUUCUUUUCUAGGCUUCACCAGUAAAGAUUGAUAAUCGGAAAGCAUAUGUUGAAUUUAGAAGAACGACCAACAACAGUACUUCUCGUGGAGGAAGUAAGUUGCUCCGACUCUCGGCUUUUGAUCCCACUUGGAAUUUAGAAAUAAAUAUUUCCUGACUGUAUAUCUUUUGCUAGUGAUAAUUACUCAAUUUCCUCAUCAUGAACAUUCACGUAUUGCUGUUCUGAAUGUUUUUUUAGGAACCGGACGAGGUAGAGGGCGGCUGCCUGGCGGGGCAAACUAUUCGCAGGGGAGGCAAUCGGGCCGCUAUUGACAACGAGGAGAGGAAAAUGAUAUCUGCCUUUCUUGUGAGAUGUCGCAGGCUGGAGUUGGGUAAAUUUGCUCGGCUUUAAUAUGCAUUUCCUGGCUGCACCAAAUAGAGAUAAAGUUCCUCGUUUUACAAAAUAGGAUUUGGUUCAUUGACGAUGUAUUUUGUUCAAAAGGUCUUCAUAUGAAUGCACUUGAAGACAUAUUUUUUGGUUAUUGUCCACCUGUUUUUGGUUUCAUUUCUCUUGAGAGUUCCUUGGGUAGUUCUUUCAAGAGAAAUCAAAUGCAUUCCCCGCAUUUGGGAGUUUAGAGAUUACAUAUACCGUUUCCACUAGAGUUUUCAAGAAGUGAUUUCUUUGUUAUGCUUGAAUGGCUCUCAGUCUACGGACAUGUUUACAUUUCCUGGUAUUUCCAUCAGUUUUAGUUCAUCACUUUCUGACACAAUCGCUUCUAGAAGGUCAUCUUUAAUACUACAAUUUGCUUGGAUCUUCAACAGUUACACCAGUAGUUUAGUGUUUGGAGAAAGAAAAUUGAAUGAUUUGUCUUCCCCAUCCAAUCACCUAAGCUAUCUACAGGCUAUGCUAUAUCUCUGUGGGACCUAAAAUGACUGCUUACUGAUAAUCGCAAACUGUGUCGAAACACAGUGCCAUGAAUUGCAAACUAUCAAUCUAUGCAGCUACACCCUCUUGGAGAAAUGGCACAAUGGGCCGCUCCAUAGGACCUUCAGAUGGCGAGUAAUCUUCAUCUUCGUCGCCGGUUUCCCAUAGAAAACAAGCAUAGGCAGCUUGAACGUGGCUGUUAACACCAAAAAAAAGAGUCUAAUUAGAUCAUUGCCUGAUUGUUAUUCCGAUUGAUCGUAAUGGCAUUCCAACAUAAACGGGAUGAUUAAGAGCGUAAAAGAAUGGUCAGAAAUGAAGUUAAGACCUGUCUUCCCCUGCAGCAUGAACUGCUCGUUCGAAGUAGUCUUUGGCUCUAUGGCUAUCAUGAUAGAGCUCCCAUACCAAUUUGGCAUACUGACACAGAACUUCACCAUCCGUUGGAUCUGCCAAAAUUGCUCGGCCAUAAUACUCCUCUGCACUUGGAAGAUCCUUCUUUGUCUGCAACAAAGAAAAAGGAUGUUUCAGUUGAUCAAUCUGUUAUACAGGUCUCAGCAUGAAUGUCUUAUAAAGCAAAAAUAUGGCGAAGUUACCUGAUGCAAGAAUUGAGCAUAAUUCCUCAAGCAGAGAGAGUUGUUGGGAUCUUCAUUCAACAUGUUCUUGUAAUGCUCUUCCAUCAUAAAGCUAUUGCCGUCAGCUCCAUCUCCUCCGCCAAAGGUUACCGGUGUAUAACCUUGCCCCCCACCACCGUUACCGCCAUUGAUAUGGCCUCCAAUGUCAACUAAAUUAAACUCAGAAAUCCCAAGCCCUCUUGCAAGAUGCAUCUCCAUCUCCACUGUUCCUGCCCUUCCAAAUCCUAAAUUAGGUCCAAAUCCAGUUGCUGCAUAAUCAUUAGUCCUGUUGUCUCCCUCAAAGCAAAAACUCUCCAUACCAGCAGAAGCAUCACAAAAUGCAUCGGUUUCAUGAUUCUCCUUCAUUUCUUCAUCUGGGUACUCUUCAUCCUCCUCAUCUUCGCUGUCCUCAUCGUAUUCACUGCUAUUUAAGGAAGAAUUAUGGUAUGAGAAAGAAGGGAUUACUUCCAAAGUGGAGCAAUGGUGUGGUCUGCGAGAGAGCUUCUUGUUGGGGAUUGAAAAAGUGAAAUCAUCAACGUAAUUAGAGGUGGCGGCUCCGGCUAGUGCCUCCAGAUUCCCUUCCGAUUGAGCUCUUCGGAAUCCGCCUGAAACAAGACUGUUUCCAGAGGAGAACCCUUCAGAAACUGAAGGAGAGAUUGGGGAGGAAUUACUGUAUAAAGAUGCAGUAAAUCCAUGUCCAACGGGCUUGUUAUAGCUGAUUUUACUGCAGCAAUUCGAAGCAGCAUGUUCAGGGGUAGUGAUGUUUGGCACUUCGGAACUGGAGAAUCUUCUGCUGUUGUUGGGAGUUUCAGAGAAAGAUGACAGCAAUGAACCAAGAACUGGUGUUGAAGAACUCCUCAAUAGCAUCUUUUUUCCCCUUCCUUCAAAAGGAACGAUUUGCUUCUAGUUUCUGUGAAGAAGAAAAACCGGAAAAAAAAAGGAGAAAAUACUGAUGCAAAUUAGUUGAGGAUUACUGGUGGGGUGGGUGGUUGGUUCAUAACUUCAUAUCAAUAUGUAUCAUUCAUAUGCAUAUCGUGAUUAUUCAAGCUAUCUUUUUUCAGGCAAAAGGCAAAAAAGUUUGAAAUACACACAGAAACGAUAAAAUACUAGUGGUGCCAAUUGCAAAAGAUGCAAAAUCUAUCCCUGUCAAUUCUAAAUCACUGUUGAAGAUGAUAGAUACAGGACCUUCUCAAGUACAGGAGGAAAGAAAAGAAAGAAAACAGAGUGAAUUUGAUGUAGUAAUAGCAAAAAGUUUCGAUCAUAUCAAAUCAAAAGGGAAGAUUGAGCAACAGAGAGUUAAGUGGAAAGAAGGGUUGGACAAUGAAGUUACCUUUUUUGGUGUGAUAUGAUCUAAUCGGAGGGUUUGGUUUUGGUCUUCUUCUUCUUGUUCUUUUUCGAAGCGUAAGAGCAAUGGCGAUUGGCUGCAGAAAAAGCAAAGAGGGAUUCAAGUUUCAACCUUGUCUCACCACCAGCCACCAAACGCUCAUAAUUGUCUGCUGAAUCU